AUGGCGGGGCUGCACUCGGACUCUCAGAGCCAGACUUCCCCGCAAGACGGAGAUUCGCCGCGACCCAGACAGGCAGCUUGUCUCGUGUGCCGUCGCUCAAAGAUCAAAUGCGACUGGAAACCUCACCAGGAGAGAUGCAGGAGGUGCAUACAGCUUGACUCUGAGUGUGUGCGUCCUGCAUACCACCCUGGCCGGCAAAAGGGUAUAAAAAAUAAACGCACGGGGUUGGAUAAGGCGCUUUAUCAGAUUGACCAGGCUGUCAAACGCGCGAGGUCAACCGCGCAAAAGAACCCGGAAGAUGACAGAAUUCUUACGCAUUUGCAAGAUUUGCUGAGCAAUGCCAAUACGCCUGACGCGCCGACCCGUGGUUAUAGCGAGACAAGAGGUUACAGCGUCAGUGGCGACGGUGAUGAAGAUGCGUAUUCUGAGGAAGAAGAAGAGCCGGAUCCUGUAGUGAUGCCUGAAUUCAUCCAAAGAACUCAACAAAGUCUUGCGAUUGACGAUGCAGAAAACCCUCUCCAGCUUCUUGCGAGGGCAUCCUAUAUCCAGCCUUCGCCUGAAUCGCGUCACGGCAAUUCUCCGAUGCAGGCGCAUACAGCAAGUACCACGGGUCAAACAGAGGAUGAGAUCCAGGCAUUUUUCGCGCCGGCACAAGUCCAUUUAGACGUUGGGCCUAAUGUUGAUCCGGUGUCAUUGGGGCUUGUCUCCGAGGAAGAAGCGGAUAAGCUGUUUAACUUUUUUCAUCGCAAUCUCGCGCAUACUCGAUGGGGGCUUGACCCAAGGAUAUACACCGUUGAAUUCACGCGUUCGAGAUCGGCAUAUCUGUACACGUCUAUAAUGGCCGCGUCUGCUCUGUUCAUGCCAUCAGCAGCCGCCCUUUCAAAACGACUGUCGAACCAUACCCGGACCCUUGCGCAUAGAGUUAUGGUCGAACGGUAUAGAUCCGUUGAGAUUGUCCUCGCAUUUAUGGUUAAUAUUCCUUGGAUGUUUCCUGGUCAGCAUUCGACCGAUGACGAGACGUGCUCGUACAUCUCAAUCGCCAACACAGUCGCCACCGAUUUAUCGCUACACAAGAGCCUCGUGUCACCAGAAAUGUUAGGUUCAGGAUCUGGUAUUGGACUCGCCCGGGGCGAUUGUCUCGACCCCCGAGCUGCUCUCGCAAUGGAUGGGUUUCCAGAUGUUGAUCCAUGGUCUGAGCGAGGACGAUUGUUUCUUCGAAAUCGAGAGCGUUGUUGGCUGUCGCUGUUUGUGCUCGAGCGAGGAAUGUCUCUAGCCAGAGGACGACCCUUCUCCGUGCCAAUGACAAGAUCACUAAGGGACUGUGAUAAUUGGCAUCGUAAUGAAUAUGCUGACCCUCUCGAUGGACAUCUUGUGUCUAUGGCAGUCCUCAGAAGGGAUUUGGACGCCUUAUUCGCAACUGUUCGUGCUCUUUGUGAUGGAUCUCAGAUGUCAUCUAGCGAUGGUUCAUUGAUCGCACAAUCAAUCCAAGGUUCGAUCGAGCGCUUCUUUGAUCAAUGGCACACCGAAUGGGGAGUUUCAAUCGGGAAGGGCCCAGACCGCCGUCUUCCACCAUACGUUGAAAUCUUGGUCACACAUACACGACUAUCUAUUUACGGCGGAGUGAUAAAUCACCCUACAGCACCACUCGAAGUGCGUCGAUUCUUCCACACUGCUGGUCUUUCAUCCGCCUUGAAUGUCAUGAGAGCUGCGAUCCAAGGAGAGUCACAACUACAAUCAAUGCCCAACAACACUGCAAUCAUGAUUUCAUUCGCCGCCUGCUUUGCCCUCACGCUCAGUUCCUACGCCACCGGAGAAUCAGCUUUGGCACCCAGUGUCCGAAACCUCAUCGACGAGACGGCUACUGUACUUGAGAGAAUCGGCAAAGUAACCAGACAUCGCAAUGGACUUUCCAUAAAAUACGGAAAGUACCUCAAGCAAAUUGUCAGACGAGCAGCCACAGGAGACGGAAUAUCUGAUCCCAGAAUGCCAACUGUCAACGAGGCACCCAUGACAACUCCUAAUUUUUUGGAGCAGCAAGCAAUGUGGUCAGGGGCGAUGCAGUUUUCAGCCAUGUCGGACGAUCAAAUCGUGCAAGCUCUCAAUCAGCCCGGCAAUGACUUUGAACCUUCAUUCGGCGGAUUAUCUUGGGACGACAUGGGUAAUUUCGAUUGGCUUUAUUGGCCUGAAGUUGGUAUAUAG